AUGAGCGAAUCAUACAACAGCAUAGCACCGCAUCUUUGGAAUUUGCGAUUAACGGGAUAUUAUCAGAUUGAUCCUCGCUCACAAAAAAAUUACAAACUGGCACACAGAAUUUAUAUGCGAUUUGCUUUGUUUUUAAUAAUUUUUUACACAAUUCAACAGGUGCUCAAGGUUUAUGAGGUACGGAAUGAUAUGGGCCAGAUAAUGGAAACAUUGUUUCUGUUCCUUACACAUACGGACUCUAUCUACAAGCAAAUAAUUUUGUGGCUGAGAGAAGAUAAGGUCGAAUAUCUUUUACAUAUACUGCGGGGAUCACUAUAUAAUCAGGGCAAGCCGGAACACAUUCAUGAAAUUUUAAAGAUGUCCUACAAUCUAAAACGUCUUCUUUUUUGCAUGAAUGGCAUGGCAGUAGCUACCUGUUUUCUUUGGAUUGUGUAUCCACUGAUAUUACAUAUUCAAGGAAAACAUAUUGAAUUUCCGAUUUGGUUACCUUAUGAUGAAAAUGCAGAUCCUUUUUUUUAUAUAACUGCCAUAUAUGUUUGGAUAAUUACAUCUUGGUUAGCACUUGGUAACACAUCAAUGGACGUAAUGAUAUCAACUCUCUUAGCGCAAGCGAAAACACAGUUAACUAUUUUAUGUUACAAUCUUGAAAAUUUAAUAAAAGACUGCAAAGAAGAGAGCAUAGAAGAAUCUGAGCUAUUAAGCGCUGCUUUCGAUAAACGGUUUAGAAGAAUGAUUCUUCAUCAUUUAGAAAUUGUAAGGUUUACAAAAGUCAUCGCGGAUAUUUUUGGCACCGUGCUGGCAUAUCAAUUUCUGAUCGCAGCUUGGAUUAUUUGUACAUCAGUUUAUAGAAUGGAUGAUAUUGACGUAACGUCCAUACAAUUCUUUUCAAUGGUGACCUACAUAGUGUGUAUAUUAUUUGAAACAUUUAUUUAUUGCUACUAUGGUAGUGAACUUACAUACGAGAGUAUGAAGCUCGCAGAUUUCGCAUAUGCGAUGGACUGGACUGAUGUUCCAAUAAAUCAACGAAGAAGUUUAAUUAUCUUUAUGGAGAGAGUGAAAUGUCCAAUAAUAUUUGUGGCAGGUCGAAUUAUUCCGCUGUCAAAUAAUACAUUUGUAUCGGUUCUCAAAAGUUCGUAUUCAUUCUAUGCGCUGUUGAAAAAUACAAAUGAAUAGAAUAUAGAUUUGUGCUAUGACAAUGGAUGUCUAACAAAAUAAACUGUUGGAAAAACGCUACGAUAAAAUAAUAUAAUUUAGAGCAGGUCGCCCACAAAGGUCGUAAUUUACUCAUAAAUCCUACAUCAAAUAUAUUAUUCAAUAGCCGAGAAAUUUCCUACUUCUCAAAUCGAUUAGUCCAAAACAUUGUCAUCUGACAUACUAACUCUUAAUUCGAUAUUGUUACAAAAAAUUGAAUUAUAAUACUGAAUUCAUUUAUUUUUAUACAUGCUACAA